UAUACCACGGCUUUCAGCUAAUCAGCAUUCAGGGAUCAAACCUCCCAGUUUAUAAAUAUAUAUAUAUAUAUGAAGUUUGAACAUCAGGCAUGUGAGUUUGCAUUGUAAAUUAAUGUUCAACCCCACCCAUGCUCAGUGCAUAGAUACAAAGUAGCUUAUUGGAAAUGCUCUCAAAAGACUUGGUGAUAGGCUACUGAAAGGGCUCCUUUAAAUAAAAUAAAAAUUGACUCAUUACAUAUAGGCCUACCCAGCAACAAUAGUGGUGUUCAUUAUAGGCAUUUCCCCUUUAUUUGACAGGAGAUGGAAUUGCCACUCCACACAUGAUCAUGCCAUGUGUCCCAAUGCUUGACACAUUGAUAACCAAAAGCUACUAAGUCACGUGUAAAAAAAUACUUUGACCUUGAUUUUCUUCCCUUGUUUCCAUGCCAUCAGGAGCCUUUGCGUAUCUUCGCAAGCAAUGUGAUUGGACGCAUUUCAGAGGAGCGCAUGUAUGGCUCAUGUCACUGUGGUAUAGCUCCCACCAGGUGUCCCUGUUUCAUUAUGAUGGUAGCUUUUCUCAUGAGCUCCUUCAGAGCUCGUUGACUUCGUCGAUGUGACUCUAUUUCCGAAUAAUAUUUCAGUGCAAAGAAGGUUUCCACUAGUUACCACAGCCACAAAUUGGCUAUAUCGUAAAAUUCAUUAAAACUAAAAUGUGCUUUUUGGUCUUAAUUUAAGGUUAUGACUUUGUGGCUGUGGUAACUAGACCACCGUGCAAAAAUGGCUGCAAUGUUUACGUGUUGUCUGGGAUGCUGGGGAGAUGGGGGAACGGGGCAUAUUCCUCUCAAAGAAAUGCCCACAGUCCAGUUAGACACGCAUCAUAUGGGCACGGAUGUAGUCAUAGUGAAGAGUGGCCGGAGGAUAUGUGGCACCGGGUGUUGCCUCGCCAACGCUCCCCUGCACCAAAACAAGAGUUACUUUGAGCUCAAGAUCCAGUCAACAGGUAUAUGGGGGAUAGGUGUGGCCACUCAGAAGGUGAACCUGAACCAGGUCCCCCUGGGGCGGGACAUCAACAGCCUUGUCUUGAGGCAUGAUGGCUCGGUGUACAACAACAACGAGGAGAAGAACCGCCUGCCUGCCAACAGCCUUCCACAGGAGGGGGACAUUGUGGGCAUCACAUAUGACCACGUGGAGAUGAAUCUCUAUCUGAAUGGGAAGAAUAUGCACUGUCCAGCUUCAGGGAUCAGAGGCACCGUGUUCCCGGUGGUUUAUGUGGAUGACAGCGCCAUCUUAGACUGCCAGUUCAGUGACUUCUGCCAUACGGCACCACAAGGCUUUGAGAAGAUUCUGUUUGAGCAGCAAAUCUUCUGAGCAGCACCUCCUGUAUACCUCCAGGCCUUUACACACACACACACACACACACACAACCCUCAGCUUACAGUGCUCCUUGUUGCUCUGCAGAGAUCUGUGACCCCCCCUCGUUCCGUCUGGUUUGAGUGUCCCUUUGUGUGUGUGUGUGUGUUGUCCUGGUUACUGUCUGCUUUAAAGCUGUUCUGGGUCAACGUGGGUAGUUUAGCUCUUGGUUGAUGCCAACACUGGAGCAGUAAGAAAACUGAUCCCAAGACAGCAGUGAAGGGCAUAGAGUAACCAAAGUGGGGUGUGCAUUUGUAGCUGAAAGACAGUCAACUCAGUCAAUAUUACUUUUCUUCAGUUGUAAUCAUCCUGCAUUGCCACAAUCUUUUGUGGUUGCUGCUUCUUUCAGAAAAUAGAGUUUAAACAAUGUUUAGGUGUUUUCUUUGAAUCUGACAGUAUCAUGGUGCAAUUGCUACAUAUUUCCAUUGGUCUGGACCAGAAGCCAUGUUUAGUGGAUGUUCUUUACUGCUACUUACAGUGAGGGGAAAAAAGUAUUUGAUCCCCUGCUGAUUUUGUACGUUUGCCCACUGACAAAGAAAUUAUC